AUGACUCAAACUGGAAACAAAGACACAAAACUUAACUUUUCAGAGAACGAAGUGGUCUUGUGUUUUCAUGGACCAUUACUUUACGAAGCCAAGAUACUUAAAGCCGAGAAUUGGGGUUCUAAUGAUUCUGGAUCUGGAGAUAAGGGACCACACUAUUUUGUGCAUUAUAAAGGCUGGAAAAAAACCUGGGAUGAAUGGGUCCCAGAGGAAAGGGUUGUUAAACAUAAUGAAGCAAAUUUAGCACGACAAAAGCAGCUAAAAGAAACCUUCUCCAAUAAGAAAAAAAAGCCGGCUUUAAAUAAAGAACGAUCGAUUACGGAAAUAGACGAGAUCUCUUCCACAAAUAAACGGCAGAAAAUUGGUACUACACAAGAGAUGAAAAAAAAUGUACAAUCAAAGCGAACAAUUUCCGCGCAAGAUCAUCAAAAUGACACACAAGAUCGACAACAGAGUUCUAAUGAUGAAAUACAAGAAGGAGGUGCUUCCGCUGAACAAAAUGAGGAACACCAAUUUGAAGAUUCAAUCAAACAUGACGAAGAAAUGAAAGAUGACAAAGAAGAAUUGAAAGGAAUAGAUGAAAAUAAUAACGAUAACGUAAAUGACGGUCAAAGUCAGCAACGCUCAAAGAAACGAUCUCGAAUGGAGGAAGAAGAAGAGGAGGAGGAUGAAUAUAUGAAUCGACUUGAGAUUAAGAUUUCAAUACCUGAAUCACUCAAGUGUAGAUUGAUUGAUGAUUGGGAGAAUGUUACAAAGAGUCAUUCGUUGCUGAAACUUCCUCGAACACCAAAUGUUAUAGAUAUUUUAAAUCACUAUGUGGAAUAUAAACGAAAAAUUUUAGGAGAUAUUUAUACAGAAGUUGCAAAUGGUCUCCAAAUUUAUUUUGAAAAGACACUUGGUAAUAUUCUCUUAUACAGCACUGAACGACAACAAUACGUUGAUAUUCGCAAACAAUACAUAGAAAAGGAGAAUGCAGAAAUUUAUGGUGCAGAACAUUUGUUGAGACUUUUUGUCGAACUUCCUCGAUUACUUGCUCAUUCCCAUCUAGAUAAAACCGCCACCGAAACUCUCGAAGAACAUCUGGAAGAUUUCUUAAAGUUCUUACAAAAGAAGGAAGAACAAUAUUUUGUCAAUGAAUAUGAUCGAAAUGGUAUGCCACCUGCAAGAAAACAAAAGACAAGCAACGAGAAAAAGCCAUGUGGAUAUAAUAAUGCUAAUAAUAAUUCCGAGGGAUGGGUUUGUGGUAAUUGCGGAACUUCCAAUACUCCAGGAUGGAGAGCAGGAGAGACUCCGGAUCAAAAGUUAUGCAAUGCAUGCGGACUUUAUUAUGCCAAAUAUAAAUCGCAUCGUCCGUCAAGUUUGUGGAAUAGUCAACGAGGAAAAGCGUCAUGA